AUGGGUGCGGGAAUUCAGGCGGAUCUACGGACAAUUAACCCCGGGGAGAAGGGGGGCUCCAGGAGGCUGAGCGCUGCUCGGCCUUCAGCUCUAGCUGCCGCCUGCCUCAGCCCGCCCUGCGUCCGGGAGAGAGCUGCGCGGGAGGGCGCAGAGGGGCGGCCACGUAAAACUUCGCCCCGCCCCUGCACAGGAGUCCGGAGGGAGGGCCGCGGCAUGGGCGCCUUUUCCGAGGGAGCGCAGCGCAGCAGCCCCACAGACGGGCUCUCCCUGCCUUCUGCUUGCGAGAGCUCUUCGCCCGCCCCGUCCAUGGCCGCGCCGCUGCUGCUCCUCGGGGCCCUGCUGGGGACCCUACUGAGGCUGCCCUCCUCCACCUCCAUUGCCAGGCCGGUGGCCGCCAACGCCAGCGCCGCCUCGACGGUGGAGGUGACUUUGGGGGUGCUGCUGCCGGAGCGCAGCCUGCGCUACCCCUGGGCCUGGCCGCGCGUCCAACCCGCCCUGAGCCUGGCCCUGGAGGCGCUGGAGCCCCAGCUGCGCCACCCCCGCCUCGCCCUCCGCACCGCCUUCGCCUCCACCGAGAACGUGUACGGCACCUGCAACGGCGAAGAGGCCCUCUCCCAGGCCAGGGCUCUGAAGGCCUCCCACGACCCCGCCGUGCUGCUGGGCCUGGGCUGCGGCGGCUCCGUCGUGGCGCCCUUGGCGCAGCACUGGGUUCUGCCGCUCCUUCGAGCGGGGGUCCACGAACGGAAGAAAGAUAGCAGCAGCCGCACGACGACCGUGUUCGCCGGCCCAGGGGGGCCCGCCCUCCGCGCCUUCGUGGCCCAGCUGCACCGGCACUUCGGCUGGACCUCGGGCACCGCCCUCCUGCUCUUCACUCUCGAGGUCGAGUACUGGAUCUACUGUUCCCCCCUGCUGGGCGCUGAAGGCAGCGCCCCCAACUUUACCGCCUCCCACGUUCACGACCCUGAGAAGUCAGACGAGACUCUCCGGCUCAUCCAGGCCAACGGGCCAGAGAUGUCACGGGAGAUCAUACACCUGGCGCAAGCUCAGAACAUGACCAGUGGUGACUACGUCUUCAUAUGCGUGGAUGUUUUGGGGGAAAGCCUGAGAGCUGAGGGGUAUCGGAAGACCAAGAAGCCCUGGCAGAGCAAGGAGAGCCAAGGUGCUGGAGGCCUCCGAGAGGCCUUCCAGACGGUGCUGGUGAUCGCUUCCCAUGAGCCCCAAACCCCCGAAUACCGGCAUUUCCAAAGCCAGCUGAUCCUGCGUGCCCAGAGAGACUUUGGUGUUGCAGUGAAUGACUCACUGGGGACGCUGGUGGCCGGCUGUUUCCACGAUGUGCUGCUGCUGUAUCUCAGGGCCCUGAUUGAAACCCUGCAGGAAGGUGGAUCCAAGCAAGAUACCAGUCGCAUCCUGCAAAAGAUGAAAGGCCAGAAAUUCCAAGGUGUCACUGGGACGGUGAGCAUCAACCAUGACAAUGACCGAGAGAUGGAUUUCGACCUGUGGGCCAUGAGGGAUGUGGAGAGUGGAGAAUUCCAGGUGGUGGGUCAUUACAUAGCAUCACAGAAGCAGAUCAAAUGGACAGGACCCAUCGACAACCCGCUCUGUGCCUUCAACAAGGAUGACCCCUCCUGUGUAAUACCCACGAUUCCCUGCACCUCUGAUUCAAAAGGACCUCAAAAGGGAGAAGGAAAAUGAAACUGAAGCACCACGACCAGUUCUUAUUUCUGCAGCACAUCCAUCAGCUGUGUUUGGGUGUUUUCUGAAUGAGUGCUUUUGUCGACUUUGCCGGCUUGAUGCAUUCGCCUUCAGAGCAGAACGGAGGGCAAAUGCAGGCCUGCAACUGAAGCAUGGCUGGUUUUCUGUGCUUGGAGAAGGGCAUUCUGUGUGCCAUCCCCCAUGCACCCUUCCACCCACACGCCACAGUUUGAAGUGGCGCUUUCAGCCUACUGGACUGGUCACCCCUAAUUAGAGAUGCUCAGACAUUCACCGGUUCAGCUCACCAUCUGCUUUCUUGUUGGAGUGGAUUUAUUGUUGGGCAGUUCAGCCAUUCAGAAGCAUCUCAGAACUACUGGCCAGGUAACUUUUAGCAUAUUCAACCAGCGCAGGGUAAUUGAUAGGAAGUCUUACUGUUUGGUUGGCCAGUGAUUAUGAAUAAACACUAUUUUUUUUAAAAAAAA